AUGAAGCUUAAGGUAGCCAUCAUAAUUGCUAUCCGGAUAUUUUUGGGAAUGGCCAUCGCCUUACCAACUCUUCAGAUCGAUCCUAGACACAUUCCCUACGGAGUAGAUGAAUUCCGGCCAUUUCUUGUGAGAAAUUCCACCGAUGUGCUGCCUUUGUCAAAAAAUUUGACGCAAAUUCAACGACUUCGAUGGGCUGAUAAAUGUGUGCAGUUCAGGAACAAGUGCUCAUUGGCAGAACACUGUUGCAGUCUAAAAUGCUUGAAACGAAUUUAUCGCUGUAUUACCUAGAUUAA